ACACGGGAGCUCUGUCUGGUGGAGUCAUAGUCUCUAUUGUCUUCGGAGUGCUAAUAUUUAUUGGGCUGUCUCUGGCACUUCUCAUCUUUCGGCAAAAGCAGGCUCGUCGGAGACAAGCACGGCCAGAUUACAAUACUUCAGGCUUUGAUCGAGAGAAAGUCUGGUUGAAGCCCUACGUAGACCUGCAGCCGUAUGAAGACCCCAGCAGAGGGGUGCUGGAAUUCACUAAGGAACUGGACACCUCUUGUGUCACUAUGGAGAAUGUGAUUGGAGAGGGGGAGUUUGGGGAGGUCUAUCGUGGAUCCCUGCGGCUCCCAGGGAAAGAACGUCUCGUGGUUGCCAUCAAGACCCUGAAGCCGACGUAUUCAGACUCACAGUGGUGGAAUUUCCUGCGCGAGGCAACGAUUAUGGGGCAGUUCAAUCACCCAAACAUUGUGCGCCUGGAAGGAGUUGUCACCAAAAGGAGGCCAAUGAUGAUCAUCACCGAGUAUAUGGAGAAUGGAGCGCUGGAUACCUUCCUCCGGGAGAAUGAGGAAAAAUUUAGCCCUGUGCAGCUUGUGAGCAUGCUGCAGGGAAUAGCCUCUGGCAUGACCUACCUUUCAGAACAGAACUAUGUGCACCGGGAUCUGGCUGCUCGCAACAUCCUGGUAACACGCAGCCUUCAGUGCAAGGUGUCUGACUUCGGUCUCGCCCGAAUAUUGGAGAAUGAUGCAGAGGGAACUUAUGAAACCAAGGGUGGCAAGAUUCCCAUCCGGUGGACAGCCCCAGAGGCCAUUGCUCAUCGGAUUUUCACCUCAGCCAGUGAUGUCUGGAGCUUUGGAAUCGUCAUGUGGGAGGUGCUGUCGUUUGGUGACAAGCCUUAUGGGGGCAUGACCAAUCAAGAGGUGAUGAAAAGCUUAGAGGACGGGUACCGGCUCCCCCCACCCGUGGAUUGCCCAUCUAUCCUCUAUGAGCUCAUGAAGGGCUGUUGGUCGCACGAUCGGUUGAGGAGGCCUCACUUUCAGGAAAUCCGGGCACAGCUGCAACAUUUCAUCUCAAGUCCCCAGCUCCUCCGGCCCGUUGCAGACUUUGAUCCCAGGGUAACGCUCCGACUCCCCAGCUGCAGCGGAUCUGAUGGGAUCCCCUAUCGAUCCAUCCCUGAGUGGCUGGAAUCCAUUCGCAUGAAGCGCUACAUCUCCAACUUUCGCACUGCCGGCCUGGACACCAUGGAGUCCAUCCUGGAGCUCACUGCUGAGGACUUGAAACAGAUGGGAGUGUCACUUCCAGGCCACCAGAAGAGGAUCCUGUGUAGCAUCCAAGGCUUUAAGGAGUGA